AUUCCAAGUUCUGUGUGGAACAUUAAAAAAAAAUCAUGUCCACUUUUGCAUUCCUGUUACUGUGCAUCCAAGCUUGCUUAGUCCAGCAAGCCUUCAGCCAAGCCAUAUUAAAUGGUUAUGGCCUGGGUCCAUCUUACGGAGCUAUUGGCUAUGGCGGAUCUGAAGUGACUGCCGUUGAGGUCGACACAUAUGGCGCAGGAGCGAUUGGCUACAAUGGCGGUUUGGCUGGAAUCGGCGGCUUGGGUGUUGGCAACUUGGGACUGGCUGGCAUCAACAACAUAGGACUCGCUGGUGCCGGUGGAUUAGGAUUGGCUGGCAUCAACUCUGGACUUGGUCUUGGAAUAAACUCCGGUCUCGGUUUGGGAGUUGGCAAUGUCGGAAUUGGCGGACUUGGCGUUGGCUCGGUCGGUCUUGCCGGCGUCGGCGCUGGCUACGGCGGUGUGGGUAACGGCGCUCUCGCCGUCGCUGGAGAGCUGCCAGUCUCUGGCACCACCAUCGUCAAUGGCGCCGUGCCAGUGCUUGGCGCUGUGACCUUCAGUGGCAGCCUGCCCGCUGCUGGCGCAGUCUCCAUCUCCGGCAACUGUGGAUGCGGUGGCACCCCAUACGGAACCUUCUGA